UUCUUUCCAAAAAGGUCUAGAGGUCUGUGAUAUUUCUGAACUUUUUCCAAACUCCUUCUGGAACGCUCUGUGCUCUUCCAGGCCCAUAAUAAUAACUCCAUGGAAGUCCCUGCACCAGAGGAAUCUCCACCAGACACCACCCAGAGUCUCAGGCAGAAGGAGCUGAAGCGGGAAGGAGACGGGGCUGCCGCCUUGCAGGGUGAGAAGGAACUCUUCUGGGAGUUUUGGGGUUUUGUGCUUCAGGGGGAUGAUAAAUAAAUAAAAUUAUUGUUGUACUUGUUGUUGUUAUAUGUAGGCAUUGGGUUGCUAACAGUUUGAUUUCAGUUUGAUUUGCAGUUUUCUUUCUUGCAAUAGAACUGAAUAUUCAGCCCUUCAGUGUCUUCCCAGGUGGGACCCUAAGCUGAGCUGAGCCCUGAAACUGAGCUGGAAGACAAACAGGCGGCAAAAAAUCACUUUAGUCAAUUGAAACACCAAGCCCAGUGCUUGUUUCACUCGAACAUCCUCACAGCAGGGCUUGCGAGAUAAAGUCCUACACCCUCACAUUGUACAUCUUCUUGGGUGUUGAAUGCGCCUGUGUUCUUAGGGUCGUUUCCUCAUCGGUCUCUUUAUAGGACUGCAAUGGUCACCUCUGAGGCCUGUUUCUGUGACCAGCUUUCCACCCCUUACUCUCUCUCCAGGGUCUGGAAUGAUGCUGUUGCCGAAUCCUCAGUCGUUUCUCCCCCUUUGCGAUGGAGUGGGACUGAGUCAGGGCCCAAUCGCCUUUGAGGACGUGGCUGUGGAUUUCUCCCUGGAGGAGUGGGUUCUCCUGAAUCCGGAUCAGAAAGCCUUGCACAAGCAGAUCAUGGAGGAGAUGAAUGGGAUUGUGGACUCUCUUGUAGAUAACGGGGAGAAGAGCCAUGUAUGCACCAAAUACAGGAAGCAUUUGGGACACAACGGGUGCCUUCAUCGACACCAGCAAGCCCACAGAGAAGAUGGAGGUUCUGCCAGAGAAAGGCCCAACAAAUGCAUUGUAUGUGGGCAAUGUUUUACCCAAAAUGUGGCACUUGUCCUUCACAAGACACUUGAUGUUGGGAAAAGCCAUCUUAAAGGGAAAGUAUCUGCAAAAUGUGUGGUGAAACACAAGAAAUUUCACACAGGUCAGGAACAAUACAGAUGCCAAGAGUGUGGGAAGUGUUUUGCUGAAAGUUCAGCCUUGUUGAGCCACAAAAGAGUCCACACCAGGGAGAAGCCAUACAAAUGUCAGGAGUGUGGGAAAUGUUCUGCUUCCCAUUCAGACUUGUUGAAGCACAAAAGACUCCACACAGGAGAGAAGCCAUACCAAUGCCAGGAGUGUGGGAAAUGUUUUACUUGCAGUUCAACCUUGGUGAGCCACAAAAGACUCCACACAGGAGAGAAGCCAUACCAAUGCCAGGAGUGUGGGAAAUGUUUUACUUGCAGUUCAACCUUGGUGAGCCACAAAAGACUCCACACAGGAGAGAAGCCACACCAAUGUCAGGAGUGUGGGAAAUGUUUUGCUGAAAGUUCAGCCUUGUUGAGCCACAAAAGAGUCCACACCAGGGAGAAGCCAUACAAAUGUGAGGAGUGUGGGAAAUGUUCUGUUUCCCAUUCAGACUUGUUGAAGCACAAAAGACUCCACACAGGAGAGAAGCCAUACCAGUGCCAGGAGUGUGGGAAAUGUUUUACUUGCAGUUCAACCUUGGUGAGCCACAAAAGACUCCACACAGGAGAGAAGCCACACCAAUGCCAGGAGUGUGGGAAAUGUUUUGCUGAAAGUUCAGCCUUGUUGAGCCACAAAAGAGUCCACACCAGGGAGAAGCCAUACAAAUGUGAGGAGUGUGGGAAAUGUUCUGUUUCCCAUUCAGACUUGUUGAAGCACAAAAGACUCCACACAGGAGAGAAGCCAUACCAAUGCCAGGAGUGUGGGAAAUGUUUUACUUGCAGUUCAACCUUGGUGAGCCACAAAAGACUCCACACAGGAGAGAAGCCACACCAAUGCCAGGAGUGUGGGAAAUGUUUUGCUGAAAGUUCAGCCUUGUUGAGCCACAAAAGAGUCCACACCAGGGAGAAGCCAUACAAAUGUGAGGAGUGUGGGAAAUGUUCUGUUUCCCAUUCAGACUUGUUGAAGCACAAAAGACUCCACACAGGAGAGAAGCCAUACCAGUGCCAGGAGUGUGGGAAAUGUUUUACUUGCAGUUCAACCUUGGUGAGCCACAAAAGACUCCACACAGGAGAGAAGCCACACCAAUGUCAGGAGUGUGGGAAAUGUUUUGCUGAAAGUUCAGCCUUGUUGAGCCACAAAAGAGUCCACACCAGGGAGAAGCCAUACAAAUGUGAGGAGUGUGGGAAAUGUUCUGUUUCCCAUUCAGACUUGUUGAAGCACAAAAGACUCCACACAGGAGAGAAGCCAUACCAGUGCCAGGAGUGUGGGAAAUGUUUUACUUGCAGUUCAACCUUGGUGAGCCACAAAAGACUCCACACAGGAGAGAAGCCACACCAAUGCCAGGAGUGUGGGAAAUGUUUUGCUGAAAGUUCAGCCUUGUUGAGCCACAAAAGAGUCCACACAGGAGAGAAGCCAUACCAAUGCCAGGAGUGUGGGAAAUGUUUUGCUUACAGUUCAAACUUGUUGAGCCACAAAAGACUCCACACAGGAGAGAAGCCAUACCAAUGCCAGGAGUGUGGGAAAUGUUUUGCUUUCAGUUCACACUUGGUGAGCCACAAAAGACUCCACACAGGAGAGAAGCCAUACCAAUGCCAGGAGUGUGGGAAAUGUUUUGCUGUCAGUUCACACUUGGCGAGGCACAAAAGAAGCCACACAGGAGAGAAGCCAUAUAAAUGCCAUGAAUGUGGAAAAUGUUUUACUCAGAGUUCAGCCCUUAACCAGCACCAGAGAACACAUACCGAUAACGGGGAAAAGAGCCAUGUAUGCACCAAAUACAGGAAACAUUUUGGACACAACUGGGGCCUUCGUCAACAGCAGCAAGCCCACAGAGAAGAUGGAGGUUCUGCCAAAGAAAGGCCUGACAAAUGCAGUGUGUGUGGGAGGUGUUUUACCCAAAAUAUGGCACUUGUGCUUCACAAGACACUCGAUGUUGGGAAAAGCCAUCUUAAAGGGAAAGUAUCUGCAAAAUGUGUGGUGAAACACAAAAAAUUUCACACAGGUCAGGAACCAUACAGAUGCCAAGAGUGUGGGAAGUGUUUUGCUUCCAGUUCAGCCUUGUUGAGCCACAAAAGACUCCACACAGGAGAGAAGCCAUACCAGUGCCAGGAGUGUGGGAAAUGUUUUGCUGACAGUUCAGCCUUGGUGAGCCACAAAAGACUCCACACAGGAGAGAAGCCAUACAAAUGCCAGGAGUGUGGGAAAUGUUUUGCUUCCAGUUCAAACUUGGUGAGCCACAAAAGACUCCACACAGGAGAGAAGCCAUACAAAUGCCAGGCGUGUGGGAAAUGUUUUGCUUCCAGUUCAGCCUUGGUGAGCCACAAAAGACUCCACACAGGAGAGAAGCCAUACAAAUGCCAGGAGUGUGGGAAAUGUUUUGCUUCCAGUUCAAACUUGGUGAGCCACAAAAGACUCCACACAGGAGAGAAGCCAUACAAAUGCCAGGCGUGUGGGAAAUGUUUUGCUUCCAGUUCAAACUUGGUGAGCCACAAAAGACUCCACACAGGAGAGAAGCCAUACAAAUGCCAGGCGUGUGGGAAAUGUUUUGCUUCCAGUUCAGCCUUGGUGAGCCACAAAAGACUCCACACAGGAGAGAAGCCUUACAAAUGCCAUGAAUGUGGAAAAUGUUUUACUCGGACUUCAUCCCUUAACCAGCACCAGAGAACACAUACAGGCUAAAAAACAGCCACUGUGUGUAAAUGUCUGAUUUCAAACAGGACCCUUUGAGAAGUUCUGCGUCAGAUUUGGUGGAGUCCCCGUUCUUGUUAUUUGAACCUGUAAGUUGGAGGUCCUGUUCUCUGGAGCAGCAGAAAGCAAGCUCUGUGUGACAGUGUACAGAUGUGUGAGGGAAGAAUCUUUUUGAUCCCACCACACACACAGAUACCACCAAUUAUAAAGAUGUCUUAUGGAUGAUGAUUUUAAUUAAUUAUUUAUUUAAUUAUCUUCUUCGCUGCCACCAAUGGAGGAGAUGUCGGCAGAUGGCACUGGUUCUUUUUAUACCUUCUUUGUUUAUUUUACCUCAGAUGUUGAUAUUGCUUAACUUGGUAUAUAAUUGUGACAGAGACUUAGAUGGAAUUAAAUCAAAACAAGUUUA